CAGCAAUGGCGUCGAAGCUCCCAACACAACUGGCCACUGCUCGCAGUCUGGACUCACGUGGCCACCAUUCCAAGCCCAAACCCUCCUCACUCUCGUGGCGCACCACCCUCUCUUCAAACGGUGUCGUUCCAUCCCCUCUCACUUCUUCCAAUUUGUCCUUUAACGGUCUUCCAAAACGAUCUGUUUUGCCGGUGGUGAGGUGCAGCGGUGCGGCGGUGAAUCUGGGGCCGGGUACCCCGGUGAGGUCGACGAGUGUGCUGGUGGUUGGGGCGACGGGGACGCUGGGGAGGCAGGUGGUGAGGAGGGCUCUGGAUGAAGGGUAUGAUGUGAGGUGCCUUGUUAGGCCCAGACCUGCUCCUGCUGACUUUCUUCGUGAUUGGGGUGCCAUUGUUGUUAAUGCUGAUUUAACCAAACCAGAGACCAUACCUGCAACAUUGGUUGGCAUUCACACAGUCAUCGACUGUGCAACAGGGCGUCCAGAAGAGCCUAUUAAAACGGUAGACUGGGAAGGAAAAGUUGCUCUUAUACAAUGUGCAAAAGCAAUGGGAAUCCAGAAGUAUGUGUUCUUUUCCAUUCACAACUGUGACAACCAUCCUGAAGUUCCAUUAAUGGAAAUCAAGUAUUGCACUGAGAAGUUUCUUCAGGACAUAGGCCUAACCCACAUCAUAAUCCGGUUGUGUGGUUUCAUGCAGGGCCUAAUUGGGCAGUAUGCAGUACCUAUACUAGAAGAGAAAUCUGUGUGGGGAACAGAUGCUACCACACGAAUAGCAUAUAUGGAUACUCAGGAUAUUGCUCGGUUGACAUUUAUAGCCUUGCGCAAUGAGAAAAUUAAUGGGAAGCUUCUCACAUUUGCUGGGCCCCGUGCAUGGACAACACAAGAGGUGAUUACAUUGUGCGAGAGGCUUGCUGGCCAAGAUGCAAAUGUAACUACAGUCCCUGUGUCUGUCUUGAAAUUGACUCGCCAACUGACCCGAUUGUUUGAGUGGACAAAUGAUGUUGCAGAUCGAUUAGCAUUUUCAGAGGUUCUUACUAGUGAUACUGUUUUCUCGACUUCGAUGACUGAGACGUAUGAUCUGCUUGGUGUGGAUCCAAAAGACAUAGUUACACUGGAGAAAUAUUUGCAAGAUUACUUCACAAACAUACUGAAGAAAUUGAAAGACCUCAAAGCACAAUCAAAGCAAAGUGACUUUUACAUCUGAAAGAAGACCCUUUUUCGUAAUUGUACAUGAAGCUAUGUAUGUAUCGACAAAUUUGAUACCUCAUAACAACUAUGCAGAGCCAUGUCUUUCUUUCGGGACACCCCCUCUCAUCCCUUUUCAUGUUCUCAUCUGUAUCAUCCCAUACCAUGGGAAAAGUAACAAUUACAAUGUUGAGACACAUACCUUAUUUAUCUUUAUUGCUCAUUUUGGAGUUGUAUAAUAGAAGAAAAUGUGGAUUUCCUUUGA